AUGGAAGAGAGGAGGAAUCCUCCGCAAAAGUGUCUCGACAUUGCAAGAGCCAUCUUCCAAAGUUGGAAGAUGGGCAGGCUAGUUGCGGUCGUGACUUGUCUAGUAUUGUCGUGUGUCGGUAUCAAGAAUGCGAGCGGAGCGGAGUACACGGUCGGAGACGAGCGCGGUUGGACCAUCGACAUCGAAGGCUGGACUCAAGGCAAGAAGUUUAGGCCUGGCGAUGUGCUGAUAUUCAAGUACGAUCCCCUUCUGCACAACGUGGUGGCGGUGGAUUUAGAUAGCUACGACACAUGCACGCUGGGAGAGAAAUAUAAGAUGUAUGACACCGGGAACGAUCGUGUGGUGUUGGAGAAGGGCAAUAGUUUCUUCUUCAGCAGUGAGGAUGGGGACUGCGAUAAGAAGAUGAAGAUCGAAGUCCAUGCCUGGGAUUUCCCUCCUCGCAUGUGA